CUGCCGAGCUCAACGGCCCUGCUUCGAGCACUCUCUCUCUCUGCCGAGGUCAACGGCCCUGCUUGGGGCUCUCGCCGCCGGUAAGCUCUCGCCGCCGAUGUCCAAAGUGUCAGAACGUAUGACUGAGUCUGAGUUGAAAGAUUAUGAGUAUAGAUACUACAAGGACUUGAAGAAAGAGUCUAUUGUAGUGAAAAUAUCCAGUUCAACGUAUAGGUGCCCCUUUUGCCCUGACAAACAGGAUUGCAGUUUGAGUGAACUUUCCAAGCAUGCAUCACGAUAUGCCUCUGGUUCGAUGAGCAGGGGCCAAAAAGAUAAAGCAAAGCACUCUGCUCUUGACAACUAUAUCGUUAGAUAUCUUGAUGUUAAGAGGAGGCGGACAUCAGAACCUGCAGAACCUGUUGUAAAGGAUGCUGUUAAGAGGAGGAGGACAUCAGAACCUGCAGAACCUGUUGAAAAGGAUGAUGUUAAGAGGAGGAGGACAACAGAACCUGCAGAAUCUGUUGAAAAGGAUCAGAUGUUUGUCUGGCCUUGGAUGGGUAUCUUGGCAAACAUUGCUAGGGAACUGAAGGGUGAUAAGUACACGGCAGGAAGUGGCAGCAAACUGAGGGAUGAGUUGACACGAGAUGGAUUUCAUCCCUUGAGAGUUACUCCAUUAUGGAACUGGUGUGGGCAUUCCGGUUUUGCUCUUGUUGAGUUCAACUCAGACUGGGAAGGUUUCAUAGAUUCAAUGAACUUCGAGAGGAGCUUUGAAUCUAAACGCUGUGGUAAGAAGGACUACUACAGUGUCAGAGACCGAGGUAAUAAAAUUUAUGGAUGGGUAGCCCGUGAAGAUGACUACCACUUUAAGGGUAUAGUCGGUGAACAUCUCCGUAAAACUGGGGAUUUGAAAACUGUUUCUGGAAAAGAAGCAGAGGACAAAAGGAAAACAACUAAGCUUGUUUCAGGCCUGGCAAAUACUUUGAAAAUGAAGAAUAUAGAAUUGGAACAGGUGACAAGCAAAUAUGAUGAAAUUAAUGUGUCUCUGAAGAGAGUGAUGGAGCAGAAAGAGGAGAUGAUUAAAUCAUUUAAUGAUGAAAUAAAUAAGAUGCAGCAGAUUGAUCGGGAUUAUCUGGAGAAAAUUUGUAAGGAUCAUGAAAGAGACAGAGCACAUUUAGAGAAACAGAAGAAAGAACUUGAGCUCAUUGAGAGGGAUCUGAAGAAGAGGGAGGUGCAGAAUGAAAAUGAGAGAAGGAAGCUAUAUCUUAAGAAGAAAAAUAAUGAAAUGGCUAUAAUGGAGCAAAACAAAGCUGAUGAGAAAAUGAUGCGUAAGGCUGAACAACAGAAGAGGGAAAAGGAAAAGCUGGAUAGAAGAAUUCAUGAACUACAAAGACAACUUGAUGAAAAACAAGCAUUGGAAUUGGAAAUUGUGCGUCUGAGAGGGGCUGUUGAAGUAAUGAAACACAUGGAGGAGGAUGAAGGAGAGGAGAAGAAGAAACUGGAAGCAAUCAAACUGGAUCUGCAGGAAAAAGAGGAGGAAAUGGAAGCAGUUGAAGGACUUCAGCAAACUCUUGUUAUCAGGGAGCGUAAAACCAAUGAUGAGUUGCAGGAUGCUCGCAAGGAAUUAGUAAAAUUUAUGAAAGAGAAGUCAGCUCGUGCUUUCAUUCAUGUGAAAAGAAUGGGAGAACUAGAUAGCAAACUGUUUGUGAAUUUAGUUAAGAGAAAAUUUGAUGGUUUAGAAGACGAUGAGGUGCAGAUAAAAACAGUAGAGUUGUGCUCUCAAUGGGAGGAUUAUCUUAGAGAUGCAAAUUGGCAUCCUUUUAAAGUUGUAACAGAUAAAGCAGGAAAUACCAAGGAAAUUUUAGAUGAAAAUGAUGAAAAAUUGCGGACUUUGAAGGAUGAAUUUGGUGAGGAGGUCUUUGAAGUGGUGACUAGAGCUUUGUUAGAGUUGCAUGAGUACAAUCCUAGUGGUAGAUACCCAGUACCAGAAGUCUGGAAUUUCAAGGAAGGAAGAAAGGCAUCUUUGGAGGAGGGUGUUUUAGAUCUGAUUAAGCAAUGGAAAGUGUCAAGACGAAAGAGAACUUGAGGCUUUUCUUUCGGUGGUUCUACUAGAAUUGAGAGAAUAUUUUUGGGUAAGCUGGAGGCCAAAAGCCCAAAGUUAUCAGAAUUGAGAUUGAUGUACAGAACUGAGCAGCAGAAUUGGAUUUACUUGUCUGGCCCCGCUGGGCUUUCUAAAUCCUUUCAAGACGAUUCAAACAUGCAUACAAAACAAAUUUCAAUUAAGAAAUAAAACUACACUUAGUGUUUCGUGUUUAUAAUUAGCUUUCUUUUUCCAUGGAAGGUGCUACUGGAAUUUUUUUUUUCAGUAUUCAUUGCCCGAACAAAAAUUAAAGUUGCUGAUGUGGCUGUUAUAUCCCGGAUUGCCCCUUUAAAUUACGCGGAUCCUAUGAUGUGAUGUCACCUGAUUGGAUGUUAAUUGUAUUAUUUUAUUUUAUCUGAAGAUUAGCCUAACAACAUUUGUUAAAAGAGAUAAUAAGAAA